UACACAAGUCCUGAGCCAAAGCCAAACGAGAAAGAACUUGUUUGGAAGGAUGGUGUCAUUCCUUUUCCAGACUGAAAAGCACAGGGGGAGGGUCUAAUAGUUGGAGAGGGGAAGAGAGAAAGAGAAGUUACCAUUGCAGUCAACUCUUACUCAGCCUGAACCAAGACAAAAAGAAGAACAAAAGCAAGAGGGGGAAGGAAAAGGGAGAACCACACUGCAGCUGUAUUAACAGGAUAAAUACACAAAAUGGAGGACUCCAGCAGCAGCAAGCCAUUCAUGGUGACAUCCUCUCUGAACUUCAAAGUCACCACCCCGUCCUUCUACAACCAGCCGAAGAAGUUUGCCUCUGUGGCACCACCACGGCCCAAAAGUCUGACACCUCCCUCAGGUCCAUCACCAACACUAGGCACAGCUGUGAUUGGUCGAGUGGGAGAUCUGCCUCCGGCGCCCCCUUCGUUUUGUGAUGACUUCCCACCCCCUCCUCCACCUCCACUGGAUGAUGAUUUGCCAGCUCCUCCCCCCGAAUGCCAAACCAUACCCAAUGCCUCUGACGUCCCCCCUCCCACCUUCCCCGCCCCACCUCCAGUGGCAGAUGACCUGCCCCUCCCAGCUCCCCCUGAGGAGCGCGCCUGUCCGCCCACCUGCCCCUCUCCCCCUCCUCCUCCACCCCCUCCACCUCUCCCUGCCUCUGGUACCAGUAUUCUCAGUGCUGCUGGGAACCCACAGAGACUGAUGGAGAAGCAGACUAGCUUCGAUCAACAGCUUGACUCUCUAACUGACUUGCUGUCUGAGAUGGAGACCAGGGGGCCUUUCAACCCCAAGCUACCAAGCCAGUAUUCUUCAGCACCAGCACCCAAGCCUUCAGCUCCUCCCCCCACUGCUCCUAAACCAGCUCUCUCCUUCCUCCCACCCCCUGAGAUGGCAGACCGUCCGCCUCCAGCACCCUGGGCAGAAGAACUCAAAGCCAGAACAAACCGACAAGCCAAUCACAACUCUGCACCAAACUCUGCCCCUCAGUCGUUUGCUAAGGCCCCGGCUGUGGCUCCCAAGUCUGGUUUCGGAGGGAGAACGGGAACAUCAUCAGCCUCUCUGGCACAAAAACUGAACCAGAACACAACCCCAAUCAGUGUAGCUCCAAAACCUUCCCCACCCUCUGCCACCAGCUCUUUCCCUCCACCUCCAGCAGCUCCCCCUGCACCUCCUACUCCACCAAACAAUAUGGUGGCUGCCCCGGCCUCUAAUCACAUAAAGAGUUCUCCCUUUGCCAGUCAGGUGAAUACAAACCAAAACCCUCCUGCUGCUGUGCCUCCUCCUCAACCCAAGACGAUGGCGUCUCCCCGCCCUUCUUUUAACCAACCGAUGAAAACUCCACCUGCAUCAUCACAGCCCUCACCCCCUGGCCCAGUUGCUAUCCCAGGUGGAGGUGUUCCUCUGAAUAUGAGGGAAGUGGAGGAGCUGGAGAGAAUGACAAAGGACUUCAUUAAAGAUAUGGACACACACGCACCUGUCAUCACCUCCCCUCCUACAGAGGUCUGUGGAAAGUGUGGCGAGGCUCUGUCCCGUACCCAGCCAGCAGUGAGGGCCAUGGAUAAACUCUUCCACUCCAAUUGCUUCUGUUGCAUGAGCUGUCAUCGCCCCCUGCAGGGCAUGCAGUUCUAUGACCGGGACGGCGCACCUCAGUGUGAGGACUGCUAUAUGAGUUCCCUGGCGGUGUGUUCCCGAUGUGGGGAGAAGAUCACAGACCGUGUGUUAAAGGCGGUGGGCCAAUGUUUCCAUGCCCAGUGUUUCCGCUGCAGCACCUGCUCCUGUACACUUGAGGGGGCACCUUUCAUCACUGAUGACAACAACAACCCCUACUGUGUCCAGGAUUACCACAGGCGUUUCUCCCCUAUGUGCGUGAGCUGUAAUGAACCCAUUAUUCCAGCCGCAGGCAGCGAGGAGACAGUCAGAGUGGUGGCUCUCGACAAGAACUUCCACCUUAAGUGUUACCGUUGUGAGGAUUGUGCUCGCCCUCUCUCCAUAGAAGCAGAUGAAAAUGGCUGCUAUCCACUGGAUGGUAGGAUCCUGUGUAUGAAAUGCCACACCCAGCGAGCCAAGCAAGCUGCACAGUGAUUGGCUGCAGCAGCAUCACUCAGAUUAACUAUGAACCAAAUCCAAAAGCACAGGAUUCAUUCAGCUGCCGUUUUUGCCUUUGCAACAGGGCUUUAUUCAGUAUAUGUACGCAGGUAUGAGUGUGAAUGUGCUGUGUGAGAAGGUAUGUUUGCAUGCAGAUACAGUGUAGUAUUCCCCCAUCUUUGUUCACUUCACUUCAGUGCAGAAGUAAUGUACUGCAUUGAAAUAAACUUUUAUUCCCAAUCUCCAAAUCUCCAAACUCUCAUCUAGCCUUCUUUGGGUACUAGAGCGUAUUUUCUGUGCCAAUUCUAUGUUUACGCUAAAAUUUCCAGCAUAACUUGCACAACAAAGGUUUGGUCUAAAGCAGUCUGAUAAAAAUAAAGUUGCCUUUCUUUGUCUCUCUCCUCAAUAUUGUUAGUAGCACCAUGUACUGAGAUAUUUCCAUCUUAAGACUUUUACUGACUGGUCUCUUUCCCUAUAAGCAUUGUAACUAUACUGAGACAGAUUGUUACCAUAGGGUGAGGACUAUCUGGGACCUCCCAUUUGACCACUCUGGUUGGCUGUUGGUAGAGCAUAUCUUUAACACUUCGGCAGUUGUUGUGCCUGCAAGCAUGGUUAAUGAUGCUUUCCUGCCUAGAAAGUGCUUCAUAUCAGCCAAUCUACUCUGAUAGCAUUUUAAAGUCAUCUAGGGCUAAACGUUGACUGCAAAAAAGAUAAAAACAGUGAAUGUUACUCAAUUUUUUUGUGAUGUGAAUUUGAUCAUUUACAGGCAUGCGUUGAAUUAUGUCUUGUUGCUCUCUCUUAUUUAAUCACACAUACUGCAUAAGGGCACGAUUAGAACAGAAAUCAGCCAUUUUCUUCUCAAAAAUAGUUUAGAGCUGAUUUAACAGUGUAUUUUUAGAUGCAUGCUUUUUGGAUGCACAAAUUAUGAACAAACAGACAAGCACAGAUUUGCCAAGCACAGAUUCCAUUCCUGGGAUCUCAUAAUUUAAAAAACUGUGUAGUUAAAUGUCAGCUGCAUGGCUGAAAACAGGACCUAUUAUGUGAUCGUUGCACAGUUCCAUAGUGAAGUAAAAUAUAUUUUUAGUGUCACUUUGACUCUAAAGCCCCUGCACAUGAUCAGUUUAGUUUAAGUACCAUCUGGAGACAUAAUAGUAGUUUUUGAUGUGCAUUUUCUUGGAAUCUCUUGCUUUAAAUAAUAUAAUGUAUGGACCUUUUUUUUUUUUAAAUCAAGUAUUAAGGUUAUAUGUGUACCAGUACUAAAAUAACCUGUCCUUUCAGCAGGAUGAUAGAUCAGUAGAGGCAUUAGCUUUGAGCUUUAGGUAACAGAUGUUAAAACAUAGUGACCAAAUAUUUCAAAUGCUGUUGGCAAGAUUGAGGUUAAUGAAAUGGUUACAUGGGAUUCAAUGUUUUGACAUUCAUGUAUGUUUUUUUAUCACCUUUUUUUGAGUUUGAGCCCAGUUUUUUUUGGUCUUGAUCAAUUCUAUUUUUACAGUAAACACCACUAUUCUUUCCAAUAUUCAUCUUUUGUACUUUUUGUACAUCUUUAGUCUUCAUGUACUUUAGACAUGUGGGCUAUAUAUUAUUUUACUCUUAUCUUACUGUAUUUCAUUGAUAAAUGCUUACAAUUAUUUGGCUUCAUUUUUAACCUGGAGAUGUGUCUUCUCCACUGUUGUAUUCCAUUGUUCCUUUUGAAUUGAGCCUGGUUUGCAGCCACAGGAAUUCAUUCCACAAUAAGAAAACAGUUGUUACUUGUGCUUCCAUUGAGCCUGGUGCUGUAUAACACCAGAAUAACUAACAUGGAAAUAGUUAUUCAGCAUUGCAUGCUAGCUGUGGUGGUGGCAUUUCUUCUAGUAUUAUGUCUUUUGUUUGCACCAACUACUCCACCUUUGUGGCCCUGCCUUUGUCAUCACUAUGUGAUUAUACGUAUGAUGAUGCCUUCACAGUUGCAUUUAUCUGGAGUUUUGUUGUGUUAUGUCAUGUUGUAUUACAUGCAAAUGCCUUGUCUUUUCAUAUAACUUUUUUAUAAAUUCCUGUUUGAUAUGUGUGAAUGUGUGUAUGUUUAAAAAAAUAUUUAGCCCUCCCCCUUUGGCUGUAUCAAAAGAUAAACAAAUAAAUAAAUCAAAUGCUAAA